ACUUUGACCCUCAGCCAUCAAACUCCAACAGGAAGUGCAAGACAAGGAGUAGAUAUUUUACCUGGUGAAAAUAGGUAAAGGCGACUGUUUCAGGGGGCCUUCGUAGUUAUGGAAAAAUCUCAAAGAUCCCAGUCCUUCAGUGCUAUAGAGAACAGCCAUGAGGAGGAAAGAGACGAGAAACUGAAGCAAGACGACGAUCAAAGUCGUGCGAUCAUGUUGAUACAAACGGGCGGCACCAUUGACAAGGACUACCCCCGGAGUAUCGGUGGUUACGCCUUCGAGAUUGGGUCCUCGGCAGCUCAGAGUAUCCUGGAGAGGAUGAACUUGGCCAUGCCUGUGGAGUACGGCAGUGUGUUCAGGAAGGACUCCCAGGAAAUCAACGACUGGGACAGGGAACUACUUUCCCAGGUUUGUCAGGCCUCUACUCAGUCCCGUAUCCUCAUCACACAUGGUACAGACUCCAUGAUUGACACAGCCGCCUACCUCGCCAAGAAACGCUUGCCUAAGACAAUCAUUCUCACUGGAGCAUUCAGGCCUGAGAAGUUUAAGGACUCGGAUGCAGACUUCAACGUCGGGGUCGCCAUCGGAGCCCUGCAGACCAUCCAGAUUCACGACGUGUUCGUCGCCAUGAACGGCAGGGUGUACUGGUGGAAUGAAGUCACUAGAAACCAAGAAACUGGGCAGUUUAUAUGUAAACUGAAGUAACAACCAUAUUCACUUUUGCAGUAUUAAAAUAUCACACUUAUAAUAUUCCUAGGCCUGUUGCUGUAUAUACUUUGAAGUUUAAAUGAAUCUUGCAGUGUGUAGAUGUUAUAAAUUUGCAAUAUGAGUGCACAAACAGUAUUUUUGUUAACCUUCUCCCUCCAUGUGGCUGCAGAAAUUGGUAACAAAGGGGUUAAAGGGUACAAUGUAGUUAGCUUAUUUACGAUGUUGGUAUACUGUUACUUAAGUGUAAUAUGGUGUUUCGUGUACUAGAAGUCUGUGGUGAUUGUUAGUGAAAUCUGCUUCAUACUUCAAAUUUGAAGGUAAAAGUCUAGAAAAUUAGCAUCAGGCACUAGAUCGUAUCUCUUAAAACUCAGGAUGCAAUAUCAUUUCAAAGUUCUACAAACUUUUGCAACAAAAUUAAAUGCAAUUCUAUGGUACAGAGUCAUCCCUUUAUGUAUUUGCAAUAUAUUUAUAUUUGCUCCAUGAUCAGGUUUCUUUAAAGAAAAAACACCUAUUUUUGUAAUAUUUAGUAUUCAAUGAUGGUAUAUUUACUAUUUCGUAACUUUUUAUAUGGGUUGCUAGAUAUUCUAUAAGGAUAAUGAUAUACUGACUUUCUUUUGUUUCAGAAUUUUUGUAUUUUAGAAAUGCAGAAAUAGAAAGAUAUGUUAUAGACAUCUAAUGGGGAAAGGAUUUGUACCGCUGGCAGUUUUGUUGUAAAUUUCCAGUUUGAAAAAUGUGCCUUAAAUAUAGACCUUUAUUUACAUUGUACUGAAUAAGAUACUUUUCAACAUUAUGAAGAUUGUAAUGCAAGAACACAUUUAUUAAAAAAUCUCCUCUUGUAUCCUAAUGUAUUUUGUUUCCGUCUCAAUUACAAGGAUGGUAUUUGUGACUACUGUGUGUAUGAGAUAAUACUUGUACUCUUUCCUUGGGGAUUGUUUACCAUAGUGUGUACAGUGGGGACACCUUGCUGCUUGAGAAAUCAGUGCAGCUGCACAUUGUAUGUGUACAUGUCAGCAUUUCUUACCCAAACUACACUAUAUUUGUACCAAAUGUAUAAUCAAAUAAAUACAAAGAUCCAAUGAUUUCUGUAUAAUCAAAUAAAUACAAAGAUCCAAUGAUAAGAUCCAAUAAUAAACUACAUAUGAUUUAUUUUCUUGUCUUGUUCAACAUCCCAACACUAGGCAUUAUCAAUGGUAAUCAGUUGCAAUACAAUGUUAUACAAUGUCACAAAAGGAACAUCCUGAAGAUCAAAAUCAUAGUUCCAUACAAAAUAUUACAACUUAACAUAUUCACCAUUCCAAUAUUAACACGAGAACUCAGAACCUUCCAAUUCACCUAAGAUUGUAACCAUUGUCAAGCAAUCAUUUCCUUAUCUAGAAU